UACGGGAAUCGGUUGAGAUCUCAAAAAGCUUCGUUGGUUCCAAUGAGUGCGGCUUUGUUUUGUCCUGCGAAGGACUUAAAAACGGGCCGGUAAACGUAACUCGUCGGAUUAAUUAAUAAUUUAUUCAAAAAGCAUGAAUUUCUCUGAGGUCUUCAAGCAGUCCAAUCAACUGUGCAAAGUUUCUCCAGAUGGGAAAUAUGUGGCCACUUGUGUUCAGUACCGCCUGGUGGUUCGGGACAUCGGCACCCUUCAGAUCGUGCACCUGUACACAUGUCUGGACCAGGUGAUGCACAUGGAGUGGUCUUCAGACUCCCUCUUCAUCCUUUGUGCCAUGUACAAAAGAGGACUUGUGCAGGUGUGGUCUCUAGAGCAGCCGGACUGGCAUUGUAAGAUAGACGAAGGUUCGAUUGGACUAGUCUCGUCACGCUGGAGUCCUGACGGGCGACACAUACUCAACACCACUGAGUUUAAUUUGAGAAUCACUGUCUGGUCCCUAUGCACAAAAUCCGUAUCGUACAUCAAAUAUCCCAAAGCCUGCCAAAAAGGUAUGGACUUCACUGCAGAUGGCCGGUAUAUGGCUCUGGCAGAGAGACGGGAUUGUAAAGACUACAUCAGUGUGUUUGUAUGUGACGACUGGCAUCUUCUCAGACAUUUUGAGAGCGAGACUCAGGAUCUGGCCGGGCUGGAGUGGUCUCCUAAUGGCUGUGUGCUUGCGGUGUGGGACAACUGUCUCGAGUAUAAAAUCCUCUUAUAUUCGCUGGAUGGUCGGCUGUUGUCUUUCUACAGUGCGUAUGAGUGGUCUCUAGGCAUAAAAUCUGUCGCAUGGAGUCCCAGCAGUCAGUUCCUGGCCGUGGGCAGCUAUGAUGAGAAGGUUCGGAUCUUGAAUCACAUUACCUGGAAGAAGAUCACUGAAUUUGAGCAUCCAGCUACAAUCAUGAACAGCAAAGCGGUGGUGUUUAAGGAAGUGGAGAAAAGACCUGUUGUGAGUGAGGAUCUGUCUAUUCGUCAGCUGACCGUGGAUAAUGCACUAUUCAGCACACAGAGCAAGUAUGAGAUCACACAACUGCCAGUCCAGGUGCCAGUAAUCAAGCCGGAUCCAGAACGUGCCAACCCUAAAAUCGGCAUCUCUGCUAUGGCUUUCAGUGCUGAUAAUCGCUACCUUGCUACAAAGAAUGAUAACAUGCCUCAGAGCGUGUGGGUGUGGGACAUGCAAAGGCUCAAUCUGCUGGCUGUCCUGGAACAGACUGCUCCUGUACGCUGCUUCGUCUGGGACUCGCGCUCACCUCGACUGGCCCUCUGCACCGGAAACACCAAACUAUAUAUGUGGUCACCAGCUGGCUGCAUAUCUGUCACUGUUCCAGGGGAAGGUUUUCAGGUGCAGUCUCUGUUCUGGCACUGCACUGGAGGUUCCCUCGUCUUGCUGUCCAAAGAUCAGCUCUGUCUGUGUUACACGGAUGCUGAAGAACAGAAAUAACCCAAAACACUUUGAUUCUGCAAAAUACAGUCAGAGAAUGAGGAAGCCGUGAAUAUACCUCAGCACUUUUGUAGACUUCAGGUAUGAUAUUUAUUGUUACAUCUCAAACAAACUAAAGAUUGUCAGUAAAGCACAUGAUAAAACGAGUACAACUCGAGGAAGUUUACUCCGUUCUGUGGUGUUUUCAAGCAGAGCAAUAGUCAGUGGAUGUUUAUGAGCGGUGUGUGUUUCUGAUACACCAACAUUAUGUAGUGUGAAUGAACCGAUGGCCUUACAAGUGAAGGAUCUGUUCCUAGUGCUCUGUGAAAGACCAAAUUUGACACACACACACACACACAUGAGGUUUGUGAUUUUAGAUCGGCUUGUAGCUGGGUUUUUUACAUGAAUGUGACUGUCAAUAGAAGACGUUUUGCUUCUGUUUGUGUUUCAUAAUUAGAUUUAUUUUUUAUAAAAGUAGCGCUAUUUGUAAUAAAGUUUUGUACACUGA